AUCACCCAGGAUCAUGAAGGAAGAAAGUUUCGACUCCAGUUUGAUGUACGUCAAUUUAAACCUGAAGAAAUUAUGGUGAAAACAGAAGGUCAGAAGUUAGAGAUACAUGCUAAGCAUGAAGAAAAGGGAGAUAACAAGUCAGUGUACAGUGAAUAUCAUCGACAAUAUUUGCUACCCAAUGAGCUGAAAACUGAUCGUUUGGUGUCGAAACUCAGUCGAGAUGGUGUGUUAUCUAUUGAAGCUCCUCUACCU